CUCGAUUCCGUAAUACAAAAAUCCCAAAUCGAAAAGAAGUCGCGUUUUAUUGACUGACAUGUGACCGGAUUUAUGGUGGUUCCCCAUUAAGUGUCGAUCGCCCUGAUAAUUGUCACAAUCAAUGAAAGUUCGGUAAUUGUUCCAAAUCUACCAUGUCUGAAGCCACAAAUGGACACGAUGGGGUUCCCGCCAACAACCUGCCCGCCUGGCUGCCCAACAUAACCCUGGAAAAGGCGGUCCAGGCUCAGAUCGGGGACUUUGAGAAGAUCCUUUCGGUUACUCCGCAAAAGGGUAGCAGUGAGGGCGAGAACUACUCCUCACUUUUUCUGCGCCUUUUAGUGGAAGUUGAGCUGCUUGACCACAGCAUCAAGAGCCUCACCUUCGUCCUAAAGGCCCAGCACAACAACGAAGUAAUGGCCGCCAUCCUGGCUAGACUACAACUCUUUCACAAGGAGGACCAGAUGUACCACAGUAUCCUGCCAAAGUUUGAACAGCUCUAUGCCGAUGCCGGAAAAACUACUCAAUUCGCCCCGCGGGCUUUCAAAGUCGAUCGUGAUUUGGGAGUGGACUACAUUCUGCUAGAGGACCUUCACCGGAAAAACUUCAAAAACGAGAAUCGCCUGACCGGCCUGGACCUCGACCACAUGCAUAAGGUCCUGGAGAAGCUAGCGGCCUUCCAUGCGGCAUCCGCCUGUUACGUGGAACAUCACGGUCUGUUCGGGGAAGAGUUCACCGUCGGAGUUUUCAGUGAGGCCAACCGGCAGCUCCUGCAGGAGUUUAACGCCUCCGGAGCCUUUCUAGCUCAGCUGAAGAAGUGGAAGAAUGCUCAGAAGAUUUAUGAGAAACUGGCUGACAGUGACGACUACUUAGUGGAUCGCCUUCUCCAAGAUCAGCAAUACAACGCCAGGGAGUUCAAUGUGCUCAACCACGGCGAUUGCUGGGCCAACAACAUCAUGUUCCAGCACGAUGCCUUUGGCACCAUCAAGGAGGUCCUCUUUGUGGACUUCCAAGUGGGAAAAUAUGGUAGUCCGGCCAACGAUCUGUAUUAUUUGAUUCUGUCCUCGGCAGCUCCGGAGCUGAAAACCGCCAAGUUUGAUUACCUGGUGCGUUACUACUUCGACAACCUGGUGGAGAAUCUGAAGUUGCUGCAGUAUCACCGUCCCCUCCCCAAGUUGAAGAACUUGCACGCUGCCUUGUUCCGAAAUGGAUUGGCAGCUUAUAUGGUCGUCUCGAAGGUGCUUCCAGUCGUUAUGCUGGAUAAGACGAACAAUGCCAACUUAGAGAGCUACAUCAACGACGAGUCCAAGAUGAAAAACGCCAUGUUCACCAACCCAAAGUACGUUCAGGUGAUGACCGAGGUGCUGCCAUGGUUGGACAAUCGCGGCCUGCUCGACUGGAAAUAAUUACGCCCCGAAAUUGUGUGAGCUGUGUCGGACUUUUACCCUAAUUAGGCAAUUUUAAUGCCAUAUUCCGCACUUUGUUGAUGAACAAAUGUUAAAUAAAUAUUUGUCUUGGGUGGCUAA